CGGCCGGCCCGCCUUGCUUGCUGCCGCGCUUGGCUCCUCUUCUCAGAGGCCACCGUGCGGUGCGCGUCUGUGUUUGAAAUUCCUCAGCUCUCGCUUUGGACUCGCCAUUGGCAGGGAGAGGGAGAGGAGGGAUAUAUAUGGUGGCCGCCGCCGGCGGGGAGGAGGCGUCGUCGGCGCUGUCCGCGCCGAUGAAGGCGACGUCGGAGGGGGCGUGGCAGGGGGACAGCCCGCUGCACUUCGCGCUGCCUCUCAUCACCCUGCAGAUCUGCCUCGUCCUCGUCCUCACCCGCGGCCUCGCCGUCGCGCUCCGCCCGCUCCGGCAGCCGCGCGUCAUCGCCGAGAUCAUCGGCGGCAUCCUCCUCGGCCCGUCGGCGCUUGGCAGGAGCAAGGUCUUCCUCAACCACGUCUUCCCGCCGGAGAGCCUCACCGUGCUCGACACGCUCGCCAACAUCGGCCUGCUCUUCUUCCUCUUCCUCGUCGGCCUCGAGCUCGACCCGGCCUCGCUCCGCCGCACGGGCCGCAGCGCGCUCGCCAUCGCCGUCGCCGGCAUCUCCCUCCCCUUUGCGUUCGGCGUCGGCUCCUCCCUCGCGCUGCGCGCCGCCAUCGCGCCCGACGCACCGCGCGGCCCGCUCAUCGUCUUCAUGGGCGUCGCGCUCUCCAUCACCGCGUUCCCGGUGCUCGCCCGCAUCCUCGCCGAGCUCAAGCUCCUCACCACCGACCUCGGCCGCAUGGCCAUGUCGGCCGCGGCUGUCAACGACAUCACCGCGUGGAUACUGCUCGCGCUGGCUAUCGCGCUGUCAGGCUCCGGGUCGCCGUUCGUGUCCAUCUACGUCCUCCUCUGCGCCGUCGGCUUCGUCGCCGCCGCCAUCUUCCUCGUGCGGCCGGUGCUCGUCUACGUGGCGCGCCGAUCCCCCGCCGGCGAGCCUGUAAAGGAGUCGUUCAUCUGCUCGACGGUGGUCAUUGUUCUCGCCGCCGGCUUGGCCACAGACGCCAUCGGCAUCCACGCACUGUUCGGUGGGUUCGUCAUCGGCGUCCUCAUCCCAAAGGAAGGAGCCUACGCCGACGCGCUCACCGAGAAGAUGGAGGACCUCGUGGCGUCUCUGUUCCUGCCCCUGUACUUCGCGUCGAGCGGGCUCAAGACCAACGUGGCCACCAUCUCGGGGGCCAAGUCGUGGGGCUUCCUCGUGCUCGUGAUCACGACGGCCUGCGCCGGCAAGAUCGGCGGCACGGUGCUCGCGUCGCUGCUGAUGCGCGUGCCGCCGCGCGAGGCGCUCGCGCUCGGCCUGCUGAUGAACACCAAGGGGCUCGUGGAGCUCAUCGUGCUCAACAUCGGGCGCGACCGCAAGGUGCUCAACGAGGAGUCGUUCGCCAUCCUCGUGCUCAUGGCACUCAUCACCACCUUCAUAACCACCCCGGCGGUGACCGCGGUGUACACGCCGGCGCGGCGCGGCGCGUCGUACAAGCACCGGACCGUGGAGCGGCUCGACGCCGACAGCGAGCUGCGGGUGCUCGCGUGCUUCCACGCCAGCCGCUGCAUCCCGACGCUGAUCAACCUGGUGGAGGCCUCGCGCGGCACGAGGCGGAGCAAGCUCACCAUGUACGCGAUGCACCUGGUGGAGCUCUCGGAGCGGUCAUCGGCCAUCUCCAUGGUGCAGCGCGCGCGCCAGAACGGGCUGCCCUUCUCGAGCCGGCGCGGGCGCGACGGCGGCGGGGAGGUGGUGGUGGCGUUCGAGGCGUUCCAGCGGCUGAGCGCCGUGCGGGUGAAGCCGAUGACGGCCAUCUCCGACCUCAACACCAUCCACGAGGACAUCGUGGCGUCGGCGCUGAACAAGCGCGCCGCGCUGGUGGUGCUGCCGUUCCACAAGAUGCUCUGCCACGACGGCACGAUGGAGCCCGUGGACCGCGCGUACCACCAGGCGAACGUGCGCGUGCUCCGGAGCGCGCCCUGCUCGGUCGCCGUGCUCGUGGAUCGCGUCCUCGGCGGCGCGGCGCAGGUGUCGGCGCCCGACGUCUCCUACGCCGUCCUCGUCCUCUUCUUCGGCGGGCCCGACGACCGCGAGGCGCUCGCGUACGCCGCCCGCAUGGGCGAGCACCCCGGCAUCGAGCUCACCGUCGCCCGCUUCAUCGCAUCGGCAGCCAAACCCAACGCCGCCGACGGUAGCCCCGCCAAGGACGAGGAAGCCCUGCAGAGAUACGUCACCCGGACGCAGAGGUCUGGGGACUGCUCCGUCAGGUACGAGGAGGUGACGGCGACGGAGCGCCAGGAAGUGACAUCCGCCAUCAAAGCGCUCGGGAAAGGGAAGAACCUGGUCGUGACCGGGCGGUUGGCGCGGACAUCGACGCCGCUGGUGGAGAAGAGCCACUGCCCGGAGCUGGGCCCCGUGGGGAGCUACCUGGCGACGGCGGAGUUCUCGACGACGGCGUCCGCGCUGGUCGUGCAGCGGUACAACCCGCGGAGCGACCCCACGUGCAGCAGGCCCGCGGGGGAGGAGGAGGACGAGGAGGAGGCCGUCGUGCCUGUUAGCAAUAAUCUGGACAUGGGAGUGUUAGCGUGUGUGUAA